CGGGGUUCCUCCAAGAGCUGAUCUAAUCCUCUGGAUGUGUCAGGACAGUGGAAGGAAAGCAUAAGCAAAAUUAUAACCCGCACACCCGAGUUGCAUGCAAUUAUCAGAGCCUGGGUGCUCCUGCGUUGAGGGACUUCGCCCCUGAGACCGCUGACUGUCUGUGAAUGACAAAUCAGAAGUCAGGGUUACAGAAUCGACUGGACUUUUCCUGCUCAUUUGCAGCAAAAGGAAGAAGCAGAGAAUGAAAGAUUCUGAAAAUAAAGGUGCCUCAUCUCCAGACAUGGAGCCCAGCUAUGGGGGAGGCCUCUUUGACAUGGUGAAAGGUGGUGCAGGGAGGCUUUUUAGUAACCUAAAGGACAACUUGAAAGACACCCUCAAAGACACAUCUUCUAGAGUCAUACAAUCUGUCGCCAGCUACACAAAGGGAGAUUUAGACUUCACUUAUGUUACCUCCAGAAUUAUUGUGAUGUCCUUUCCUCUGGACAGUGUUGACAUAGGAUUCAGGAAUCAGGUUGAUGAUAUUCGGAGCUUCUUAGAUUCCAGACAUCUGGACCACUACACAGUCUACAAUCUGUCACCCAAGUCUUACCGAACUGCCAAGUUUCACAGUCGGGUCUCAGAAUGCAGUUGGCCCAUUAGGCAGGCCCCAAGUCUGCACAACCUCUUUGCUGUGUGUAAGAAUAUGUAUAACUGGCUGCUACAGAAUCCCAAAAAUGUCUGUGUUGUCCACUGCCUGGAUGGACGGGCAGCGUCAUCUAUUCUGGUUGGUGCUAUGUUCAUUUUCUGUAAUCUCUACUCCACUCCUGGCCCUGCUGUUCGAUUGCUCUAUGCAAAGAGACCUGGAAUUGGACUCUCACCAUCCCACAGAAGAUAUCUGGGCUAUAUGUGUGACCUACUAGCAGAAAAACCCUACCGUCCACACUUCAAGCCUCUCACUAUCAAGGCGAUCACUGUCAGUCCAAUUCCUUUUUUCAACAAACAGAGAAAUGGAUGUCGCCCUUACUGUGAUGUGCUGAUUGGAGAAACCAAAAUAUAUUCAACUUGCACAGAUUUUGAACGAAUGAAAGAAUACCGUGUUCAAGAUGGAAAAAUCUUCAUUCCCUUAAACAUUACUGUACAAGGAGAUGUGAUUGUUUCCAUGUAUCAUUUGAGGUCCACCAUUGGGAGCCGGCUGCAAGCUAAGGUGACCAACACACAGAUAUUCCAGCUCCAGUUUCAUUCUGGAUUCAUACCACUGGAAACGACUGUUUUAAAGUUCACCAAGCCUGAGUUGGAUGCAUGUGAUGUACCAGAAAAAUAUCCUCAGCUAUUUCAAGUGACAUUGGAUGUCGAGCUACAGCCCCAUGACAAAGUAAUAGACUUAACUCCACCAUGGGAGCAUUACUGCACAAAAGAUGUCAAUCCGAGCAUCCUCUUCUCUUCUCACCAGGAGCAUCAAGAUACUCUGGCCUUAGGAGGACAGGCUCCGCUCGACGUCCCUCCAGACAACCCCAGGCAGUUGGGACAAGGUGGUUUCUUUGCUUCUCUCUGUUGGCAAGAUCAGAAAUCAGAGAAAGCAUUGUGUGAGGAGGACCACGCUGCCCUAGUGAACCAGGAAAGCGAGCAAUCGGACGAUGAACUUCUGACCCUUUCUAGUCCGCAUGGCAACGCCAACGGCGACAAGCAUCAGGGAGCCAAGAAGGCCAGUGGCAAGCAGCAGGAGCCAGCUGCCCCUCCGGCUCCCGAGGAGGAGGUGGACCUUCUGGGCCUAGAAGGCUCGGAUAUGAGCAAGAACUUCUCUCCCCCAUUGGCUCCUCCCACGAAUUCCGAACUCCUGAGCGACCUGUUCGGAGGCGGAGGCGCCGCUGGGCCUGCCCAGGCUGGACAGUCAGGGAUGGAAGACGUGUUUCAUCCUAGCGGUCCUGCAUCCGCCCAGUCCACGCCACGCCGCACCGCCACCUCGGCUUCUGCAUCGCCGACCCUUCGAGUGGGAGAAGGUGCUACCUUUGACCCAUUUGGAGCACCUUCUAAGCCAUCAGGUCAGGAUCUGCUGGGUUCUUUUCUGAGCACAUCUAAUGCCUCCAGUGACCCCUUUCUACAGCCUACUAGAAGUCCUUCACCCACAGUGCAUGCUUCCAGUACUCCUGCUGUGAACAUUCAGCCAGAUGUUUCUGGAGCUUGGGACUGGCACGCCAAACCAGGAGGUUUUGGGAUGGGGAGCAAAUCUGCUGCCACCAGCCCCACAGGAUCCUCGCAUGGCACGCCCACCCAUCAGAACAAGCCCCAGACGCUGGAUCCUUUUGCUGACCUCGGGACACUAGGUAGUUCUUCAUUUGCCAGCAAACCCACCACACCGACUGGACUAGGUGGAGGAUUCCCACCUCUCAGCUCGCCCCAAAAAGCAUCUCCCCAGCCCAUGGGUGGAGGGUGGCAGCAGGCUGGGGGCUACAACUGGCAGCAGUCACAGCCUAAGCCACAGUCCAGCAUGCCACACUCCUCCCCCCAGAACCGACCCAACUACAACGUGAGCUUCUCAUCCAUGCCUGCAGGCCAGAGUGAACGAGGGAAAGGAUCCACUAAUUUGGAAGGGAAACAAAAAGCAGCUGACUUUGAAGAUUUACUUUCAAGUCAAGGUUUUAAUGCCCACAAAGACAAAAAGGGGCCUCGAACAAUAGCAGAGAUGAGAAAGGAGGAAAUGGCUAAGGAAAUGGAUCCUGAGAAAUUAAAGAUCCUGGAAUGGAUAGAAGGUAAAGAGAGAAAUAUCCGAGCACUUCUUUCCACAAUGCAUACUGUGCUGUGGGCUGGGGAGACUAAGUGGAAACCAGUUGGAAUGGCAGACCUGGUAACGCCGGAGCAGGUGAAGAAGGUGUACAGAAGGGCGGUGCUGGUCGUGCACCCAGAUAAAGCUACCGGGCAACCCUAUGAACAGUACGCCAAGAUGAUUUUUAUGGAGCUAAAUGAUGCCUGGUCUGAAUUUGAAAACCAAGGCCAAAAGCCCUUGUAUUAAUUUGUGAGCCUUUCUAUCUCCACUACAAAACUGUGCUAAUGCUUAGUGUGUAUUACAAUUCUGAGGUUUUCACAGAUGAACCAAAAAUUUCAGUAAUGUAUCUCCAGUACUAAACUGUUAAAUUACUUGUGGAUUAAUUUCUCACAGGAAUGUGGAUGUUUGAUUCCUCCAAGUCCCUGCCAUAAAAGAUUGAAAGCAGGGGAGGAACUUGUGGGGAGAUGACGGUGCUGACAUGCAACAUUCCAGCCUGUCCUGUGGGGAGCCUACUCAGCAUCUUGCCUGAGAAUAUGGGAAAUUGAGGCCGCCAAAGGUGAAGGCAUGACAUCCAUUUUAUUCUCUGAGGAUAUGAUUAAUCAUCGAGAGUUACAGUAAUAGGAUUACGUGAUGGUUUUUAAGAAUGGUUUGGGAUUUUUUUGAAAGAUAUAACUUGAGUCAUAGCUUUACACAGACAUCAUUUACACAGAACAUUACCAUCAAGUAUUUGUUUUUUUUAAUGAAAUGUACCCUAGCCUUGAGGAUAAUACUGUGUAUGUCUUGAUCAGUAGCACUAAUUAACAGAAAAGAAAUUUGGAUUGUGGGAAGUGCUUAUGCAAAUGCCCAGGGAUUUUUGUGUGUUCUUCCUGGAUAAGGUAAAAAACUAAAGCAAAUGCUGGCUAAAGAAAAUAGGAACUCUGAAGUUGUGGAAAUCUUGGGUCAGGAUGUUGAGAUGCUACUUUCUUUUAGAAAACUAGGAUUGGUGAAAGAAAAACUCUUAAUACCAUAACUCUGAACUGGAUUCAAAGGCUAUACCAAGUUUUUAACCCUUCCUUUUGCUUAUUUAAAAAUGCUCUUUGCUGGCAAUAUGUUGUGAAGCAGUUUGGUCCUUUUACAGUUUGUCAAGACCAAGAGCUAACCUGGAUUCAGUGCUCUGUAGUUUGUGAGUGGUUAAGACCAUAGAAGAUGCACAGAUCUUCAGGAUCCCUCAUUUACAUUGAGGAGCUAGGUCCCCUCCCUCCCAGUGAGUCUGGAGCCCCUGGAUUAUUUCCAUGGGUUUAUUGGUGUGAAGUAGUUGGAGGUCUAUAGGAACAGCAGUCAUGUUAAGAACCUUCAAUUGGUUUCAGUUCAGUGUUUGGCUGGUUCUCAUUUUGAGGAGUAAGUAGUUUGCUAUUUUGUGGCUUUAGCAGACCUCCUAUUGAACAUAUAGACAAUGUGCAUAUAACAUGUGUAUAUAUAUUAUUUAAUAUACACAUAUUAUAUGCACACACAGAGCAGGUGGCCAAAUAUAUUUUCAUGCUAAUAGGCAGAGGUUCAUACUCAAUAUUUGUUAAAGCUUUCAAAAGACAAUCAUUUUUGUUUCUGUUUCAAUUUUCUUGUGGCAAACUGUACCAGAAAAGCAGCAUGUCAAAAAACUUUAGGUUCUAUUUAGGUCUCUCUCUCUUUCUCUCUCUCUUUUUCUCUUUCUCUCUUCCUCCCCCCUUUCU